AUGGGACCAAGUGAAAUUGACCCAUUAACAUCUCUUCAUGGGCCGGGUGCGACGCCACGGGAUGUCGUCCGUUCUUCUUCCACUUUUUUUUUGUGGGAACAAAUGUACGGAGUGGCAAAGGUGUCUCCAAUACCUAGUCGGAUUCUAUUAUAUCACAUGCAGCAUGAACAAAAUCAAAAGAAGAUGGAUAGACCAAUUAUAGAACAACACAAAAAUCGUUUGUGGACGAAUAGCUCUUCUGAAGAGAGUAGAAAAAACGAUUUUCUUGCUGAAACAUCAUUAACCACAGAACCAACUAGAGUCUAUAUUAGUAGUGAGGGCUGUCAGCCUUUUUCUCGGCACACUGAACGAUCACCACAAGCGCAUAAAAAACAUAAUGCAGGAAGAAGUGACUCAUUCAUUUUUGAGAACGUUUACAGAAAAUUGAAACACACACCCGAGUCAAAGAAAGAUGUUUCUUGCACAGAUGAAAUCAAUCCAACAAAAAAUUCCUGUAAUGAUAACUAUACUCUCCAGGUUAACAGUACUGUAUUUUCACCACCACCACCACCACCAUUAGAUUUCUCAGUACCUUCUUCUGCGUUCCCAAGCGCGGAGGUUAAUCGCUCUCCAAGGGAUGGCGAUGAACUUUUCUCAGGAUCUUCAUAUCGUAUACUGGCUGAAGAUUUAACAUUUGUUUUUUCCUCAGAACGUGAUAAGUGGAUGGACACGAGAAACCAACUUAAUGAGGAAGUAGAGGACACUGCAGAUGAAAACGGAAUAUGUAGUGAACCGAGUGUGGUUCUGAAUCCAGGAGCGAAUGAUGAAGGAAGAGGUUUUGCUUUUGUUCAUCACAAUGGAAGUGGAAGUAGCAGUGGUAGUAAAACCCACUACCCUGUGCCAGACCCAACCCGGUUGACGGGUGCCCCAGUCUCUCAGCAGCUACACUGGGAUAUUUCAGUGGAGGCUCAACGUCUGACUGAUAAUGAAGAAGUUUGUAGUGAUAUUGUUGGGGUUGAAAGCGUAGGAAUGGAUAAACGUCCAGAGAAUUUGCGAGGAAGAGGAAGUGAACACGAAGGAGAAAAUCUAACCAAAGAAGAUUUCUCUGUUUUUUCAGACAGCCGACGCGAUUAUUUUCCGGCGAAUGAAUCGCCUUCCUCUGAGUUUCCAAAGGGCAGCUCGUUUUCUGUAUCUCCGUUACGACCCCGUCAGAUGUUCUGCAGUGAAACACCUCCAAGACGGAGCAUUGAUGAGUCUGAAGAGAAAGUACUGCCUCCACCGCAGUCGUCCACAGCUGAGGAAGCACCGAAGGGGAGAGUGCGGCGAUACAACCCCCCCUCCUUUUCUUGUACAGGACCUCGUGAAGUUGUGGGUGAAUUGUCAGGUAUGUACGGGCAGUUACAUUCUGCUGGGGUCAAGAAGGAUACCAUGUCUUCAGGUAUGUUAGGUUCUCAAACGACAGGAUUUGUGCUAAAAAAUACUUCAGAUAUUUCCCUUCAUCAACACGGCCUCCACCCGUCAUCAGUGUCAAACUCUCAUCCACCAGCACCACCACAACCACCACCUGAAGCAGCAGAUCCAAUAUCAGAAGAGCUUCUCAUCUCACCACGACCAUCAAAACCAUCACGAUUGUCACAACUAUCACAAUCAUCACAAGUACAACCUCCACCUGAACCGGCAAAGCUACUAUUAGAAGAGGCUCUUUUUUCACCACAGGGUUCAGUGUCUAUUUCAAAAAGCCCUGAAGCAGAUAUUGAUAAUGAACUGCAAUUAUCGAAAAAAAGUACUCCCACUAUCAAAGAAGAUGACUCUAGUGUGAUCAGGAAGUCAGUUAGCACAUCGCUUGGAGCAGUGAAUGCUAACCAGCCUAAUUGCCCAGAGCAGCAAAAGGAACCGAAGUCUAUGGUAGAGACGGGAGAAGCUGUGCUAUCUGUAUCGCCAUCUCCAUCAUACAAGAACUAUGAAUGGGCUACAAAGGCUCAAGAAGAACUUGAGCAACAGCGGAAACGACGUGUUGCUCGCACACCAUCAGCUAACUCUCUUUCACCACCACCACUACCGCCACCCCCUCUUAAAGUUAGUGAUUUCGAGCAACCACAGCCUCCCAAAGGACGUUCAGCUGUGCAGAAGAGUUUAAUUAAAGGAAGAGGUGAAAACACGAAAGUCACCGGUGCGACGGCCACAGAAGAAAAACAACAAGAGUCACAUGUAUUAUUAGAAAAUAUUUUGACCUCAGAAAACGAGUCAUCCACUCGUGAAACUAAACGGUCUUGCAUACAAAGUAUCACGCCCGUUAAGAACACUGUGGAAGGAAAACGUGGGAGGACUAUGGCGGCAGAGGCCACAUCAGCAGCAAAACGAACACGACGUGGAACGGUUUCACCCUCCACCGUUGUAGAGUUUCCCCUUCCACGAGAUGUGGGCGUUAAUGGGACUGGGAAAGAAAAGAGGGGGAAAGGAGGAAAUAGGAAAGGAAGAAAGUGA